CUCUUUACUACUAUCGGCGGAGCCGGUUCUCCAGCAGUUAACUCAAUAGUCGAUGUAGACAACAUGCCUGCUUGCAUAGAUUGCGGGUUUAUCGACCUCAUUGGUCUAUAGACUACAAAAUCGUCCCGAUUACACAAACCAAGCUUCCUUGAACUUGUAUUCUCUGCCGAGAACUGCCUAAGCUGCGAGAUCAUUCUCGAAAGCCUACCAACCCCGCCUGUUGCAGGGCUUCCGCUGCCUACAUUGCUUGCGCCGAGUGCGCCACUACUUGUUGUGACUGUCAACGGGUACAAAUAUGCAAGGACGGUUGUAGACAGUCCUAUAAACAUAGACUCCUUAAUAUUCUACUUCGACGACCUGUGGAAUAUACAAGGACUAGAUAAUGUACAGGGAAAAGCAGACCCUAAUUACUUCCGUAGAUGUCUGGAUGUUUUUUCAGGUGAGUAGUGUCAUAAUUCUAUCAGCUAUCUUUAUUAAAUGCUACUUGCAACUUAGAUAACCCUGCCACCUUCGAUUACAUUGUUGGCCGGCCGGUAAAACCAAUACUAGACCCUGCCGUGGUAUUUGGAUGGUUUGACGAAUGCAAAAAGCAUCCAGAGUGCUCCGAGUAUUCAAACUUAUCUGCAGUCCACAAGAGCGAUUUUCCCUCCCAUCUUAUCGAUGUCAAUCCCAAAGAAGGCCCCAUUCGAUUAGUUCAAUCAAAAAUUAAAGGCACAUGCAAAAAAUACUUGACGCUGAGUCACCGGUGGAAAGAUAACACAGUGAAGACUACGCAGCAGUCCCUAUGUGCACACCAAAAGCGCCUGCCACUCGAAGAACUCGGUCAAUGCUUUAGAGAUGCUAUUAAUAUCACAAAACGACUAGGAUUUCGAUAUAUAUGGAUUCAUGCUCUAUGUAUUGUUCAGGAUGCUCCUCUCGAAAUGCAACGAGAGUGCUCGCACAUGAAGGACAUAUAUCAGAAUUGUACGAUCAUGUUAGCAGCAGACCGUGCCGGACACUCAAACUCUGGGCUUUAUCCGAUCAAGCAAGUUUCCAAGGAGGCAGUACUGCCAUUCCGAGGUCCAAGCGGGGAGCAGAUUUCACAGUUCACAAUAAGCAGUCGUCGGCUUAGCACUUUCGACUCUGAUGUGAUCCAUGGCGUGCUCAGCCCCCGAGGUUGGACACUACAAGAGCGAGUUCUGGCUCCUAGAAUGCUUUAUUUCGGCAAGUCUCAACUGCACUGGGAAUGCCGAACUUCUAUCUGGAAUGAGAGAACAGAUUUCAAGCGCAUCUCUUAUACUUCUCGUAUGUUAGACGAUGCUCGAGAGAUGAUUGCGGCCAUAGGUAGAAAAAAUCAAGGAAUCCCUUCCAGCCGUGAUAUGGUCGGGACGGGCGUUGGGUACACUGAAUAUACCGUCUGGUAUGACCUUGUGUCCGCCUAUAGCUGCCGUAAGCUUACUUUUCCGGAGGACAGGCUGAAGGCCAUUUUGGGCCUCGCCCAGUUGUUUCUGGGAAUUAUUAGCGACGUAUUUGUAUGGGGCUUGUGGAAUAAGGACCUAGCUGCUGGGCUGCUUUGGAGCGUUCACGCAGCCGCGCCUAUAACGAGACUUCAAGCCCCUUCAUGGUCAUGGGCAUCGAUGGACGGGGAACUUACAUUUUAUAUCCCGAGUACAAAAUGGGGCCGUCCGCUUCGCGGGAGCUUGGAAACCACAUGCGACACGAUCUCUCUUACUGAUUCGGAAGGCCCUCAUGGUACAUACCAAAGUGGACGAUUUUCCUGCCGCUGCCCCGUUAUGUUGGUAGCACUUUUAGCUAGCGCCAAGAUCGAAGAGAAUGAAGAAUACCCUUACGACCAUCUAAGACAGGAGCCAAAUGCAGAGGUCCGCGAUGUUGGGAAUAAAGGGUUGGUAAUUGGAACCGCAGCAAUGGACGACGACUCUCUGGUACAAAUGUCAGAUCCGCUACAUCCAUUGAAACUUCAUGCGGCGAUGUUUUACCGCCAACACCCUCUCCUGGCUGACGGCCAAAUAGUAAAUGGCAGAGAGCAAGUCUUACUUUCGUACUGUAUAUUGCUAAAGCCUCUUGUUGAAGAUGGCAUUUUUCAACGGUGUGGGUACGCGGAAAUCCAGUCUAGCGCCUUUUCUAGAGUCGAGACGAGCAGCAUUGGAAUUGUAUAAAGCGCU